AUGAAACUCCAUGGAAAGACACCAUCUAUUAUGCUCUAUUAUGCUCUAAUCUCAACAUAUUUUUCAACUUAUUUGGCGAAUGGAGCAUCAUCAUCUGAAGUGGGCUGUUUUUUCAUUUUUGGUGACUCUCAAUCAGACAAUGGAAAUAAUAACAACAACACUGGAUUUGCUAGAGCGGAUUAUAAGCCAUAUGGCAUCGAUUUCUCUAAGGAAAUGAAACCCACAGGGAGGUUCACCAAUGGCCGAAAUGUUGCUGAUUUCAUUGUUGAAUUUUUGGGGUUCGAUAAUUAUGUGCCACCAUUUAAGAAUAUGUCUGGUUGGAACAUUCUCAAAGGCGUAAAUUAUGCAUCUGGAGCUGCAGGAAUUCGUGAUGAAACUGGGAGAACACAGGGAGAAAGAUCAAGCUUCAACAAACAAUUGAAAAACCAUAAUCUUAUAAUUUCAAAACUCCAACACUUAUUGGGGAAUAGAAUUGCUGCUGAAGAACAUCUCAAAAGUUGCUUAUAUAUGGUUCAAAUUGGAGGCAAUGACUAUCUCAAUAAUUAUUUUAUGCCACUUUCUUAUAAAACUAGCACUGAAUUUACUCCUCACCAAUAUGCAACGGCCCUCAGUAAACAGCUCUCUUGCAAAUUAAAGGCUCUAUAUGGACAAGGGGCUCGGAAGUUGGCCAUUUUCGGAGCGGGACCAAUCGGAUGUACUCCGUAUGCGAGGGCUAACUUCGACACCAAAGGAUCUCCAUGUGUAGAAGAAAUCAACAAUGCCAUUCAACUUUUCAAUAUUGGCCUCAAGUCUAUGGUUGAUGAUCUUAAUACCAAGUUGACUAAUGCCAAAUUUAUUUUUGUUGAUGUCUUCAACAUUGGUACUCAUGGUACUCCAACUUCAAAUCAAGGUGAAAUGGUUGUAGAUAGUCCUUGUUGUGAGGUUCCAGCCGGGAAGAUUCAAUGUGUUCCUCUUGGAAAAGUGUGUGGAAAUAGGAAGCAAUACCUAUUUUGGGACGCAGUUCAUCCAACUGAGAUUGGAUUCAUGUCAUUAGCAAGUAGAGCCUACAAUGCCAAAUUUCCCAACGAUACUCAUCCUUUUGAUAUCAAUCGCCUUGUUCACCUCUAAAAUUACCAUCUACUUAAUAAGGUCGAAUACGACAUUUACUCUACAUUUCUUUGUCGGGUCACGAUUUGUUCAAAAGUCCUCAACUGUU